AUGGCUCCGGCCAAAGCGGCACCGUUCCUCCGGAAGUGGCUGGACGAUUUCUCGUGGCUCGUGUACGACGAGAGCAAGACGGUUGCAGGAGCGACUCUCAGCAACACGCUGUACGACGAAGGUUUUCAUUACGGUCUCGCCUUCAUGAACGACGUCCUCUGCAUGCUCAACCAGCUCUCGCGAUCGCUGCAGGGGGAAGACCUCCUCAUCACUUGCGUCCCUGAUUACGUCUGUACGACGACUCGCCAGCUUGCAGCUACGUUCUUGGCUGACCGCGCCGUGGGAACUAUCGCGACACCAUCGCUCAACAAGUGGAAGACUCGCAUGGCUGGCGAGUUUGACGACUACUGCGCUUCAGAGACGGUGUGUUUGGCGCAUUGCGAAGGUGUCGAAUACGUACGUCGCCUCGUCAAAGCCAUUGGGGAUCGUUUUCCCAUUGAGACGUCAAAGACCUUCAAGGCCUUCUCGUGCCUCUUCAUCGAGCACAUGCGCUGCGCUCAAGACCUCGUCGCCUACGGUGUCGAUGAGGUCGAAUUCCUCCGCGACAUCUACCUGCCGGACGUCCAAGACAGCGACGUCGCUCAACAGUACGGCGCGUUUAAGCAAUACGUCAUGUGUGCGGCCCCACAGUCCGCGGCAAUGGAUUUUUUGACGUUCGUCCUCACCGACUCGCACGUUGCGAAAAUGUAUCCGUCUAUUGUACAGCUCAUCACCAUUGCUGCGACUCUCGCGCCGGGUUCCGUCGACUGUGAGCGCGCCUUCUCGCUCGAGAACCUCGUGAAGACGGACAACCGUACAUCCCUCUCUACAAGCCACCUGCAAGAUCUCAUGGUAUGUGCUCGGGACGGGCCCGAGUCUUCCAAACUUGACGUACCUGCCAUGAUGGGCAAGUGGAUUGCCGCCAAGGAGGAGGCGAACGCGAAAAGACGUCAAGUUUAA